AGCGCAGGAAGUAGCAGUAUGUUUCUAUAGGUCCCGCCACUCACUCACUCACUCACAAAGCCAACCCAUUUCUGAUUUCUCACUUCUUCUAUGCUCAUCCUAAUUUAUGUUCGUUCGUUUAUAAAUUUGGAGCCCUCGCUCCCCAACGCAAAAGCCCUUUUCUUUUUAAUCCCAUUAAAAUAUUGUUUUGACUUCAGACCAGCAAUUCUGAGUGGCAUUUCUCUGGUUUUUCACUUUAUUGUUGCCUCCCCCUAAGAUUUUCUAUUAAUUUCUGAACUCCGGUCAUGCCUACGCCGGUCGGAGUAGCCAAGCAAUGCUUGACGCCUGACGCAUCUCGAGCUCUCGACGAAGCCGUCUACGUCGCGCGCCGUCGUGGGCACCCCCAGACCACCUCGCUCCACGCCGUCUCCGCCCUGCUUUCGUUGCCGUCGUCUACCUUACGUGACGCCUGUGCUCGUGCCCGGAACUGUGCCUACUCGCCUCGGCUUCAAUUCAAAGCGCUAGAGCUGUGCCUGAGCGUAUCGCUCGACCGGGUCCCGUCGUCCCAACUCGCCGACGACCCGCCAGUCUCCAACUCGCUCAUGGCCGCCAUCAAGCGUUCUCAGGCGAGUCAGAGAAGGCAGCCAGAUAAUUUCCAUAUUUAUCAUCAAAUCACGCAGCAGCCUUCUUCGGUUUCGUGUGUGAAGGUCGAGCUUCAACAUUUGAUAUUAUCGAUUCUCGACGACCCAGUAGUGAGCCGGGUAUUCGGCGAAGCUGGUUUUCGAAGCUCCGAAAUUAAACUUGCUGUUCUUCGUCCUCUUCCACAGCUCCUCAGGUACUCGCGCUCCAGAGUCCCCCCCAUAUUCCUCUGCAAUUUGACGGAGCAUCCGGACCCGGGUCGCCGGAGCUUCAGUUUCCCGUUUCCUGGGUCUUUUGGAACCUGCGACGGCGGCGCUGAGAAUUACAAAAGAAUCGGAGAUGUCCUUUGCAGGAGCAGAGGGAGGAAUCCCCUGCUUCUGGGUGUAUGCGCAGAUGAUGCUCUGCGUAGUUUCACUGAAGAUGUUAAUAAACAAAGAGACGGUGCUUUGCCAGCGGUGUUAUCUGGACUUCACGUGAUAUGCAUAGGAAAAGAUAUUUCCAAGUUUGUCUUUGAGAAUUUUGAUAACGAGACUAUCAGUUCAAGGCUUGAGGAGAUUGCUGAAAUGGAAGAGCAGGGUGUAGAACCUGGUUUGGUGGUGAAUUUUGGGGACCUGAAGCCUUUGGUGGACGAUAAUGCCUCAAACGAAGCAGUGAAUCAUAUUGUUGCCGGAUUGGCGAAGCUGUUGCAGCUUAAUCAUGGCAAGUUUUGGUUGAUGGGAGCUGCGGCGAGCUAUGAGAGCUAUCUGAAAUUUAUGGGAAGGUUUCCAUCUAUUGAGAAGGAUUGGGACUUGCAGCUUCUGCCCAUCUCGUCUACUCGGCCUCCAGGUGAAUCGUAUCAGAGGCCUAAGUACAGCUUAAUGGAUUCAUUUGUACCAUUUGGUGGCUUAUUUUCAUCACCUUCUGAUCUAAAAGAUCCACUACAUGGCUCAUAUUAUUGUGUUCCCCGUUGCCUUCAAUGUGGUGAAAGUUGUGUGCAAGAAGUGCUUCCAGCUUCAAAUGCGAGACAGUCUACUUCGGCUGUUGAUCCUUACCAAUCUAAUUUACCUCAAUGGUUGCAGAUUGCCAACCUUGGCAUAACGAAAGGGUUGAAUGAUAAGACAAAAGAAGACAGUUUUCUUCUGGAUAAUAAUGAAUCUGGGCCUAUCAAGAAAUUGGAUAAGAGAUGCCAGCAUCCACAUAAUACUCAGCAAUGCCCUGAAGCAAUUCCUUGUCAUACUGUCGUCAGUUCUCAAUGCUCUGAUGGUAAAAAUGAUGAUGUUGAUAAUCAAAGCAACAAAAAUUCAGAUGUAUCACCUAGUGUGCACAUUGAUCUCAAUUCAAGCAUGCCUAAUGAGGAGCAUAUGAUUUCUGCUUCACAAUUAAGUAGUCCUGUCCCUGUAGUUUCUGAGGCGAAGCAGGAUAAAAAUACUUCUAAAGCCUUAGAGAUGUUCCAGAAAGCAAAAGAUCUUGAGUCAGGUAACCUAAGAUCCUGCGACAUGUCCAAUUCAAGUGUGGGUGAUGGUAGCCAAUUGUCUCCCACAUCUGUGGCUUCUGUAACCACAGAUCUAGGUAUAGGAAUUUACUUCUCUCCUAGAAGCAACAAAUCUAAGAAACCAACUGUGGGGGGUCCAAAGGAAAUUCCUAGUCCCCUUUCUUCAAACUUUAAUUUAGUUAACAGGGACAUCCUUAUGCGUCCAGCCCAGUCUUCAUCCUGCUUAAGUUCUGACCAUUCUGGGCAAUGUGAUACUAGAAAUCCUAAAAUUCUUUUUGAAGCUCUUGCGAAAAAGGUCCCCUGGCAGAAUGAAGCCUUACAAAGCAUUGUAAAAACGAUAGCUUACUGUGAAUCAAGCAGGGGCAAAUGCCUUGGAACAAAUAGACAAGGGGGCAUGUGGAUGAAUUUUGUAGGACCUGAUAGGAUUGGUAAGAAGAAAAUUGCUCUUUCUCUGGCUGAGAUUUUAUAUGGAAGCCAGGAAAGUUUUAUUUUUGUGGAUCUAAAUUCUGAGGAAACAAAUGGACAUGAUUUGAAAUUCCGAGGAAAGACUACUCUUGAUCUUUUAGUUGGGGAGUUGUGCAAAAAUCCGUUGUCUGUGGUUUUCCUUGACAAUGUAGACAAGGCUGAUGUAAUGGUUCAAAAUAGUUUAUCUCAAGCUAUCAAGACUGGUAAGAUUAUAGACUCGUGUGGAAGAGAAGUUGGUGUAAACAAUGCAAUAAUUGUGACAUCUUUCUCAGUUCAACAGGAUGAUUGCACACCGAAGAUAGAAUUCUGCUAUUCUGAGGAAAGAAUAUCAAGGACAAAAGGGGUACCAAUCAAGAUAAAAGUUGAGGGAGACAUCAGAAGUCCAUGCCUCCCUGUAGUUGAAUGUUCAACAGAGGACAUUCCCAAUCCAAUACUUGCAAAUAAAAGAAAGUUGGGUAGUGACAAUUUCCUUAAUGGUCAGCACAAAACCUCGGAGAUGGCUAAAAGGGGUCACAAAAUUUCAAAUUGCUUUCUAGAUUUGAACAUGCCAGCAGAAGAGAACGAACUACAAUUCAAGGAUGAUGGAAACCCUGAAGGUGUCUCAACUGGAACACAAAACCCGUGGUUGCAAGAUUUGUACAAACAGGUUGAUGAAACGAUCAUCUUGAAACCGUAUAAUUUUGACGCACUUGCAGGUAGAGUGUUAAAAAUUAUCAGGAGGAGCUUUCACAAGAUUCUUGGAUCUGAGUGCUCUCUACAGAUAGAGUCAGAGGUCAUGGAACAGUUACUUGCAGCUGCAUAUGUCUUAGAAGGGGACAUGGAAGUCCAGGAUUGGGUGGAGCAAGUUCUUAGUGGAGGAUUUAAAGAGAUACAGAGAAGGUACAGCCUCUCUGCUCGUUCUACUGUGAAACUAACUACAUGUCAGGAGCAAGUUCCUGGUGUGUGCCUUCUUCCCCCAAGGAUAAUUGUAGACUGAACUCCUCCAAGAAGCUACUCUUUCUUAUAUUUGUGUGUAUAAUUUAGCAUAUAGUGCACCUAUUUUAGGCCUCUAAUCCCAUUGUUUUAUUUGGGUUUCUUUGUCUAGAUUAAGCCUGUAUAAUAUGUAAUCUGCAGCUGGUGCUUGUGUGAUUGCCCAUGUUAGUAUUAAAAUCAAAUGUCUUCCUUGUUUUUGUUAGCUGGGGUUUCUUGAUGUAUUUUAUCAAUAAAUAACUGGUGUUUGAUCA